CUGCGGCCCGCCAGCCCCAGCCGGCGCGCGCUCCAGCUGGCGCUGCAGCCGGGCGAGGAGGAGGCGGACGUGACAGUGACAGACGCUGAUGGAGUCUGUGUGUUUAAAUGCUUGGUUAACAGAGACACAGAAUACUGUCGUGUGGGCAAAGAGUCCGUCCUAAUUACACUGGGGUACAACAGUGCCUUACUCCAAUUCAAGUCACAUUCUGAAUACAGCACAUUUUCAAAUGCACUGAAGAGGUGCCGGAAUCACAAGAAGGAACACUCUGUUUUCAAUCAGCGAACAGAAGAGGCCUCUGCUGCACAGUAUUUUCAGUUUUAUGGCUGUCUAUCUCAACAACAGAAUAUGAUGCAGGAUUUUGUGAGGACGGCCACAUAUCACAGAGCUAUACUACAGAACCACAUAGAUUUUAAAGACAAGGUGGUCCUAGACGUUGGCUGUGGAUCAGGAAUCCUUUCGUUUUUUGCAGUUCAGGCUGGAGCUAGAAAAGUCUAUGCAGUUGAAGCCAGCUCAGUGGUAAAAUAUGCUGAGAUACUCGUGAGAAGUAACAACCUUGCUGAUAAGAUCAUAGUUUUAUCAGGUAAAAUUGAAGAAAUCUCCUUACCAGAGAAUGUAGAUGUGGUUAUUUCUGAACCAAUGGGCUACAUGCUGUUCAAUGAGAGGAUGCUGGAAAGUUACCUCCAUUCCAAAAAAUGGUUGAAGUCAAACGGAAUGAUGUUUCCAACAUUUAGUGACAUUCAUUUGGCUCCUUUUUCUGAUGAGCAGCUCUACAUGGAACACUACUCCAGAGCCAAUUUUUGGUACCAGCAGUGUUUUUAUGGGGUCAAUCUGUCCAGUCUUCGCAGUGCAGCAGUGGAUGAGUACUUCCGACAACCUAUCGUAGACACUUUCGACAUCAGAAUUUUGAUGGCUCGGACAGUGAAGUACACGGUUAACUUUACAGAAGCUGAAGAGGAAGAUUUGCAUAGAGUGGAAAUCCCCUUCGUUUUCCAGAUGAUGCAGUCUGGGCUAAUCCAUGGUCUGGCUUUUUGGUUUGACGUCGCAUUUGUAGGAUCGCUGGUAACUGUUUGGUUAUCAACUGCUCCGACGGAACCUUUAACUCAUUGGUAUCAAGUACGCUGCCUCCUUCAGACUCCCCUCUUUGCCAAAGAAGGAGAAACUCUCUCAGGGAAAGUCCUGUUUGUAGCGAAUAAACGACAGAGUUACGACAUUCAGAUUGUGGCUGUUGUGGACCAGACAGGCUUUAAAUCUGGUAACAUCCUUGAUUUAAAGAAUCCGUUUUUUAGGUAUGCCUAGAAUAUAUUGUUAUAUGGCAAAUGAAAAACAGAAACAAGAAUCUCAUCAAGUCAACAAACCUAUGAGAGUGAAAAGCAAGUCAGGCUUGCUGGUCCUUGUGCAAAAUCAGAUUGUAACUGUACAUAUCUGUAAUACAAAAUUUUAUGCAAGCGGUGUGAUAUGGGAAUGUUGCAGUUCCAUCCAUUUUUUAAAACUGAAAUUUAGCUAGGGAUCACAUUUGCAUCACAACACAUUACUUUGUUCUGAAAUGCUUUGUUGAUGUGCAUACAAUUUGGUUGGUUUUUGUUUGGGUUUUCUGCAAAAUUGACAUUCGUUGCUUUUUAAAGAAAAAAAUUAACAAAACAAACCUACCUCAUGUUUAUAUAUGUGAUGCAUUGAAGAAUCUUAAAAACAGAACUCAGUAUUCAUAUUUAAGUUUUUUUGAGUUUCCUGCACAAGUUUCUUGAUGGUUUCAAUAUGUUUAGAGCUGGUAUGGACUCAUUAAUUCUGUUCUUUCUGAAACGUGGAAACAAAAUGAUCCUUUGCAUAUACCUUAUAAAUAUUCUGUGAUUACUCUGUGGAUAUAAAAGUGAAACACUACACAAUUGUAAAUUACUGCAAACACAGUUUACAAUAAAAAUUAAAUAUGGGCUAUAAGUGAGGCUUUUACUGUUUCUGUAGCUCACAGAAACUUGUGAUUGUCCAGUACUUCUAGGAACUUGUUUUAUUUCUUGCACAGCAGGUCAAGAGAGAAACUUGUAGCCAUACUUCAGUUUCUAAUGUGGUCUCUCUCCAGACAACCUGACUCCACGAGGAUAACUGGAGCAAUAAAUGACUGUACAAUGUGUUUAAAUAUAGAUUUCAAACUGGAUACUCUCAAAUGGCUGAAUUAACAAAUUGGCAUCUAUACUCACCAAGUCCUGAAUGGAAAUAAAGUAAUGAAAAGGAACAUCUAAUUUUACCAUUUUAUUUCAGAAGCUAAUCAUAGACAAUACACCUGAUGCUAUAGGAAUAACAGAAACAUGAUGAAAUACUAGGCAUGACUGGAGCACAGGUAUUGAA